UGGAGUCUGCCAAACCAAUGAGUGAAGAAGCUAAACUUCUAGAGAUAGAGAAUGAAGUGGCACAUCAAAUUCAUUAUGACCUUGCUGAAGAGUUUACCAAUAAGAUAUCUUUAUCUGGAUCGUCUUUUGUUUUGAAUUGAGACGGUAAAGAUGAGGCCAUUGCGCAAUUUUUAAAACUUCCAUUACUUUCCAUGCGUGCUUGUGGUGUUGUGUUUAAUAGAGACAAACACCUAAAGAAGAAAAAGCUUUACGAGAUUUUGAAACUACUAAAGCAUACCAAAAUUAAUUUUAUCGAAAUUACAUCACAAAAUAUAUCAAGAUAUACAAUUCAGCCAUUUCUCCUUCCUCGCCACAACAUCUUCAACCGAGUCAUCCAGCAAUGUUCCCUCUCACGGCUCUAUUUCACCGAAAAAUCUUGCAUGCAAGUCUUCCAAGGCUGAAGAAAUGUCCAAUCCCUGAAAUUCAAAUAUUGCCAGUUCUGCCUCCUCACUAAAAGUUCUGAAUCCCUUCUUCCAAGUAACCUGAGAAGGUUAUAUCUUUGGUAUUGCAGGGAUAGCCAGAACGAGCGUUUUGUGUCCCUUAACAAAACUCUGCACUCCAUUUUAGGCUACAUUAAGGCUCAAAACCUGUUAUCCUCUCUAAAGCACCUGAUCUUCAUGCCUCUGGUUCCUAAACUUAGUCUUGCUAAUGUACAAGCAGGCAGAUUUGGAAAGUGGUCCAAUAGAAUAACUUUGGCUUAAUCGUAUUUCAA